AUGUCCGGAGGCUGGGGCUCGGCGGCCCUGCCCCCCGCCCCGGGGUCGCGGAAGCCCGCCCCGCGGAGCCUCAGCUGCCUCUCAGACCUGGACGGCGGCGCUGCCCGGGAGCCACGGCCCUGCAGGCCCCCCGGGAGCCCGGGCCGCGCGCCGCCUCCACCGCCCGAGCCGUCCGGCUGCGACCCCCGCCUCCGGCCCAUCAUCCUGCGGCGGGCGCGCUCGCUGCCCAGUUCCCCCGAGCGCCGCCAGAAGGCUGGGGGCGCGCCGGGAGCCGCGUGCCGGCCGGGCUGCAGCCGGCAGCUCCGCGUACGCUUCGCCGACGCGCUGGGCCUGGAGCUGGCGCAGGUCAAGGUGUUCAACGCGGGCGACGACCCGUCGGUGCCGCUGCACGUGCUGUCGCGCCUCGCCAUCAACUCGGACCUGUGCUGCAGCAGCCAGGACCUGGAGUUCACCCUGCAGUGCCUGGUGCCCGACUUCCUGCCGCCCAUCGAGGCCACCGACUUCAGCGAGCGCCUAGGGCGGCAGCUUGUCUGUUUGGAGCGCGUCACCUGCUCUGACCUGGGCAUCAGCGGCACGGUGCGUGUGCGCAACGUGGCCUUCGAGAAGCAGGUGGCGGUGCGCUACACCUUCUCAGACUGGAAGAGCGCGCAUGAGGUGGUGGCCCGGUGGCGCGGGCCCGCGGGCGUCGAGGGCACGGAGGAUGUGUUCGCCUUCGGCUUCCCGGUGCCGCCCUUCCUGCUGGCGCUGGGCUCUCGCGUGCACUUCGCGCUGCGCUACCGAGUGGCCGGGGCCGAGUACUGGGACAACAACCAUGGCCACGACUACAGCCUCACGUGCCGCAACCACGCGCUGCACAUGCCUCGCGGGGAGUGCGAGGAGAGCUGGAUCCACUUCAUCUGAGGGUGGCCCGGCCCGGCCCAGAGGCAGCCGUUCCCUAGCCGGUCUCUCCCGUGCUGGCAGUUGCUCUUCCUCAGACA